CUCAUUUUCAGUUUAGCAGAUGAAGCUCAUGAAUCAUGGUUUCAUAAUCAGGGGAAAACAAAUAUUUAGUCACUCGUUAAUGUUUGUUUAAGUUUCAUUACUACGUGACCAGAAUCUUGUUCCAAAAAAAGAAAAAAAAAAUUUCGAUUCGGUGCUUAAUUAAUUUUUUGCAGAUAAUAAAUUAUGGCAGUUCUCUUUUUGUUUUCAGUCAAUUCCUGAACUGAAAAUGAAUCUUGGUUUUUAGUCUGAACAAACUAAACAUUGUCAUAUCGAGUUUUAUUUUUAAUUUAUUUUGUUGUUUCUGAUUAUCUUGUUGCAGUGUUUAGGUUGAAAGAUUAUCAUCAGCAACUAAUGGCAUCAGAAUAUAAAGAUUUGCAGCAACCAGCUAUUAUUAUUGGAGGAUGCUUUGCACUUGUCGCAGUAGUACUUUCCGUAUUCCUCAUAUUCCAACAUCUCAGAUCAUACAACAAUCCUGCAGAACAAAAAUGGAUUGUUGCGGUCAUUUUCAUGGUUCCUGUCUAUGCUUCUGAGUCAGUUAUCUCAUUGUGGAACCAAAGGUUGUCUUUUUUGUGUGACAUUUUAAGGAGUUGCUAUGAAGCUUUUGCCUUGUAUGCAUUUGGUAGCUAUUUGGUUGCUUGUUUAGGCGGCGAAAAGAGAGUCGUAGAACUUCUUGAAAAUGAAAAACAAAAAUGUUUUGGUCGCAGCCAACCUUUGGUAGAAGGAUCAGAAGAGAACCAAGGUCAAAGAGAAAGGUCUUGUAUCAGCUUUCUCUGCAAGCCAUACAUCAUCGGGAGUUAUGUAUUUACGAUAGUAAAAUUUGGCCUUGUGCAGUAUAUGAUUCUAAAGACCUUUUGUGCAUCCUUGGCAUUCUUGUUAGAGCUUUUUGGGGUCUAUGGCGAUGGGGAAUUCAAGUGGCACUAUGGAUAUCCAUAUAUAGCAGCUGUACUGAACUUCAGUCAAAUGUGGGCAUUGUAUUGUCUUGUGCAGUUCUAUAACGUGCUGCACGAAAGACUUAAACCAAUAAAGCCGCUUGCAAAGUUCAUCAGCUUCAAGGCUAUUGUGUUUGCUACCUGGUGGCAAGGUGUGGGCAUUGCUUUACUGUGUGCUUCUGGAGUUUUGCCCGAUGAGGGAAAAUUUCGAAAAGGGUUGCAGGAUUUUUUAAUUUGUAUAGAAAUGACUAUUGCAGCCGUUGCCCAUGUAUUCAUAUUUUCAACAGAACCAUAUCAUUUUGUUCCUGCUUCUGAUUAUGGAAGGGUUGCUGCUGAAACAACCAAAACAGAAUUAAAGUCGGAGGAAGGUGAAAAGAAGAAGCUUUCCCUGCUUGAAAAGAAAGAUAUGCAGGUUGAGGCUCCUGGUACGAGUGUCACUGAGAGCGUCCAGGAUAUUGUCUUUCAAGGAAGUCAAUCGGUUGUCAAGGAUGUUGUCUUAACAAUAAAUCAAGCAAUACGGCCUGUAGAGAAGGGUGUGAUAAAGAUCCAGGAGACGUUUCACCGAAGAGAAGAGAGUUCAGAUGAUAGGGAAAAAUCAGAGUUAAAACUAGAAGAUCAUGUCAAAGAAAAUCUUAUCGAAAUUGGAAGUGACGUUGAUCUUUCAAGAAAAGAAGAAAAAUAGUAGAAAUUGAUAUCUGAAAAGGAAAAUACAGAAGAAUAGCAACUCUGAAGGCUGUUGAUGGAUAUGAUGUGCAAUGAGGACCAGAAUACAAUUAUAGCUGCUAGUGUUCUAAUUGCUAAUCAUCUGAACAGCACUGUAGGCAGCCAAAACAUGCAAGAGCAGCGCAGAACUGUGUUAAUACUAUUGCACAUUGGUCAUUUAUCUUGGAGCAACACUGGAUGCAGCACAUACAACAGCAAUGACUACAUAUCCUGCCACA